CUAUAUCAUAUGAUCUCCGGGUCGGGGAAGAGGGUUUAAGCUCUGAGACGGCCGGGAGAAAGGAAGAAGACGACAAUGGAGGGAGUAUCGUACCAGAGAUUCCCGAAGAUCAAAAUCCGGGAAGUGAAGGAUGACUACAUGAAGUUCGAGCUCCGGGAGACCGACGCGAGCAUCGCCAACGCGCUCCGGCGCGUGAUGAUCGCCGAGGUUCCCACCAUCGCCAUCGACCUCGUCGAGAUCGAGUGCAACUCCACCGUCCUCAACGACGAGUUCCUCGCCCACCGCCUUGGCCUCAUUCCCCUCACCAGCGAGCGGGCCAUGAGCAUGCGCUUCUCCCGCGAUUGCGACGCCUGCGACGGAGACGGCCAGUGCGAGUAUUGCUCCGUCGAGUUCUACCUCCGCGUCAAGUGCCUCGCUGACCAAACCCUAGAUGUUACCAGUAAGGACCUCCUGAGCUCCGACCACACUGUCGUCCCCGUUGAUUACUCUGAUUCCGCAUCUGGGAAUUCCGAAUCCAAGGGGAUUAUUAUUGUUAAGCUACGCCGUGGACAAGAGCUAAGGCUCAGAGCAAUUGCACGAAAAGGAAUUGGCAAGGAUCAUGCAAAGUGGUCACCUGCCGCAACUGUUACAUUUAUGUAUGAGCCCGAUAUCUAUAUCAAUGAAGACAUGAUGGACACUUUGACACUAGAGGAGAAAAGAAGUAUUGUGGAAAGCAGCCCCACCAAAGUGUUUGACAUUGACCCCGUCACCCAACAGAUUGUUGUGGUUGAUGCGGAGGCAUAUACAUAUGAUGACGAGGUGCUCAAGAAAAUAGCUUCCAUGGAGAAACACGGGCUCAUAGAAAUCAAUGCCAAGGAAGACAGCUUCAUAUUCACAGUCGAAUCCACUGGUGCAAUCAAAGCUUCUCAGUUGGUGCUCAAUGCAAUUGAGGUUUUGAAGCAGAAGUUGGAUGCAGUCCGCUUAUCUGAGGAUACCGUGGAAGCAGAUGACCAAUUCGGAGAGUUGGGUGCGCAUAUGCGCGGCGGUUAAUCACUUAAACUUUUGCGUAGUCUUUUUUUAUGCGCGUCGGGGAUGAAUGUCAAACUAGUUGUUGUUCUCUGUUGUAAGAAAAGAAUUGGCGACUGGUGUUUGUUUUGCUCUAAUCCAUACUAUUUUGUUUGUGAAGGAGAUGUGUUCUAAUGACUAACUUAAAGGGAGUGUUUUGGAGCUAAUUUAUGUAAAACGUUAUGGAGUAACAUUUUGUUUUGAUUUGUGCCAAAAUUUAAAGGCCGUCUUCAGUGUCAUUUUCUGUUUUCUACAGAGUAUUUUUUAAAACAACAAACAGAUUUACGGGAG